CUCUUCCACUCCACAGCAUGUAAACCACAGACGUGUAGUUUUGUGGACUUGGUCAGGUUACUGCACAUGAACCGCUUUCGGCCCCGGCCGUUCCUUCCGCGUGGGGAUGACGCCAUUGCCAUCGAGUCCACUUUAGUAAUCCGAGUCGCCAUAGAGAGUCUACCAAGAGCGUUUGACGCGCUCCGCAACUCAAUUGACCCAUCCCAGCCCGCACAAUGUCGGCUUUCAUCCCCCGUGCAGCUUCUCGAGCGCUCCGCUCCGCCGCCCGCCCAGCGCUGGGCGCCCAGCGCCCCGCUGCUACCCCGUUUCGCCGCGGUCUUGCGAUUCCCGCUGAGCAGCCCCGCUUGAGGAUUGGAUCGGUCGCACCUGACUUCGAGGCGCAAACAACACACGGACAGAUCAAGUUCCACGAGUUCCUCGAUGGCAAGUGGACAAUUCUGUUCUCUCACCCUGCCGACUUCACGCCCGUCUGCACGACUGAGCUCGGUGCUUUCGCGAAGUUGAAGGAUGAGUUCGAUGCGCGUGGCGUGCAGAUGCUGGGUCUCAGCGCCAACGACCUCAGCUCGCACGACCAAUGGGUCUCCGACAUCAACGAAACCCAAAACACCACCGUCCAGUUCCCCAUCAUCGCCGACGCCGACCGCAAAGUCGCCUUCCUGUACGACAUGAUCGCGCAAGACGACCUCGACAACAUCAAAGAAAAGGGCAUCGCCUUCACCAUCCGCUCCGUCUUCAUCAUCGACCCCGCCAAGAAGAUCAGGCUCAAGAUGGACUACCCAGCCAGCACAGGCCGCAACACAACGGAGGUGUUGAGGGUUAUCGAUAGCUUGCAGACGGGCGAUAAGAAGGGUGUUGUCACGCCGAUUAAUUGGACGGUUGGCGAUGAUGUUAUUGUGCCGCCGAGCGUGAGUACGGAGGAUGCGAGGAAGAAGUUUGGGGACGUUAAGGAGGUCAAGCCUUACUUAAGAUUUACCAACGUCGGCAAAUAGAUGGAAGACCUGUAAGGCCAUACGGGCAUGUACGAUGCAGUAGAGGUGUGCCAAAUCUUUGUAUAGAUAAUAAACAAGGGUAUCAAAUCUAC